AUGAAGGACGAACUUGGUGCUCUUGAGUUGAACAAAACUUGGUCUAUUGUUGAUUGUCCUACUGGGAUCAACCCAAUCGAUUGUAAAUGGGUAUACUAUGUUAAGCGUCGACCUGAUGGUAUUGUCGAAAGGUACAAAGCCCAUGUUGUGGUAAAAGGAUUUACACAAAUUGAAAAGGUUGAUUUUCUGAAAAUGUUCUCUCCAGUAGUGAAGCCUACAACUAUUAGAUUAGUUCUGGCAUUAGCAUCUAUGAAGAAUUGGCCUCUCCGUCAGCUUGACGUCAAUAAUGCCUUUUUAGAGAAUGUUUAUACGGCCCUCCCUCUUAGUAUUGCAUCCAAUCGCCCAAAUCAGUACUGCAAAUGA